UUUCCAAAUUCCAAUUCAGUCUGCUUCUCCCUCACUCGUAGAGAUUUUUUCCUCAACUUUUCUGCAGAGAAAGUAGAAGAGAAGAAAGUCUGUCUUGCUAUAAAAAGGAUUUUCUUUUCCGCCUCACUUCUCCCCCCCCCCGGUUUGUUCAUCGUCAAUCAACUCCAAUCCUUUCACCAAAACCAACAAGGCAACAACCCACACUGAUAAACCAGAAAACCAGCCAAUCUGCAUCUCUCUCUCUCCUGUACAAUAAACACAUUCACAGAGCUGGUAUAGGAUCGUCAGAUUAUUCAGCGGAAGAUAAUGGCGAGAGAGAAAAUUCAGAUCAGGAAGAUCGAUAAUGCAACUGCGAGGCAGGUGACCUUCUCGAAGAGAAGAAGAGGGCUUUUCAAGAAGGCCGAAGAGCUCUCCAUCCUCUGUGACGCUGAGGUUGCUCUCAUCAUUUUCUCUUCUACUGGAAAGCUUUUCGAGUAUUCCAGCUCAAGUAUGAAGGAGAUACUUGAAAGACAUAAUCUACACUCAAAGAACCUUCACAAACUGGAUCAACCUUCUCUUGAGCUACAGCUAGAGAACAGCAACUAUGCGAGAUUGAGCAAGGAAGUUGCAGAGAAAAGCCAUCAACUGAGGCAAAUGAGGGGAGAAAACCUGCAAGGGUUAAAUAUUGAAGAACUUCAGCAACUAGAGAAGUCCCUGGAAACUGGUUUGAGCCGUGUGCUAGAAACAAAGGGUGAACGAAUUAUGAAAGAGAUCAGUACACUACAGAGAAAGGGAGUGGAAUUGUUGGAGGAGAAUGAGCGAUUGAAACAGCAAUUGCAGAUUGUGGAGAUGUCCAAGGGACAAAGACAUAUUAUUAGUGCUGAAUCUGAGAACUUGGUAUAUGAAGAUGGCCAGUCAUCCGACUCCGUCACCAAUGUGUGCAGCUCCAUUGGUCCGCCUCAAGAUUAUGACAGCUCUGAUACCUCACUUAAGUUGGGUCUACCCUAUUCAAGCUGAAGGUUAAGGGACGGAUGGUUGAAGAGAUGAUUAGCUGCAAAGAAGAGGAAGUUUUAAAUCAUAUAUCAUAUAUUGGAAUAUGUCACCUUAUAAAAUUCAGAUACAAAACUGUCCCAAAUUGUACCUACGGUGUUAUAAGUUCAGUUGAGGAGCUCAAAAUACUCCUGGACAAACAUCUCUAUGGGCUCUUUUGUUCUUCUAAAUUUCUAAUCUCUCUCUGCAUUACUUCAACAAAUAGUAAUCUGCAAUUAGGACUCUUAACUUUC